AUGGACGACAAUGAACAGGUUUCCAAGCUCCGCAACCCACUCGCUCUCCCAAUCCUCACGUCUGUCCUCCGUAACCUGGGCGAGGACCCAAUGGUACGACACGAAGCUGCGGAAGCUAUUGGUGCCAUCUCGCAAGAAGACUGUCUCGCUCUCCUCGAAGAAUACGCCAACCGUCCAGGCGAAUGCCGCGAGGUCAGGGAGACAUGCGAGAUUGCCAUCGCAAAGAUUCGAUGGGACUGGGGAGAAGGGAAGAGUGUCCGUGAAAAGGAAGCCAAACAAGCGGAAAGCGAUAAGCAGUUUACGUCGGAGGACCCUGCGCCACCGAUAGCGAUCCCAGAGUCAAAGCCCGGGAAGAAGUAUACUGCCUCAGAUGAGGAGAUUGAACAACUCCGACAGACACUGGUGGACAAUAACGUCCCACUCUUUACGCGCUAUCGCGCAAUGUUCUCCCUGCGCAAUCUUUGCCCAACACACCCAAAAGCCAUUGACGCACUAGCGAGUGCCUUCACCGCCUCGGAGCCGUCGGCACUCUUCAAGCAUGAAGUCGCAUUUAUCUUUGGUCAAGUCCUCUCGCCCCUGUCGGUCCCAGCACUGAUAAAGGUGCUCGAGGAUGAAGAGGAGAAUGCAAUGGUGAGACAUGAGGCUGCUGAAGCACUUGGUGGAAUCGCAACGGAGGAGUGUUUGCCGGUACUCAAGAAGUGGAUGAACAAAGAAGACGCGCCGACGGUCGUACGAGAGAGCUGCAUUGUCGCCAUGGAUAUGUGGGAGUACGAAAACUCUAACGAGUUCCAAUACGCCAAUGGCCUGUCCAGUGAGGCUCCGCUGGCUCAGCCUAUCACUGUAUGA